UGGAAGUGAAUGGGGCUUUCUUAACUAACUGGUGCCAGCUGGGAGGGAUAAAAUGCUGUUGGCCCCAGGUGUCUCUUUCCCUGAUCUCUAGUGAGCAGCCUAGAGGAGCUACAGCCACAGCACUUGCCCAAAGCAAAACAAUUCACAUCAAAGUAAUUGAUGAUGAGGAGUAUGAAAAAAACAAGAGUUUCUUCAUUGAGCUGAUGAGCCCCCGCAUGGUGGAUAUGAGUUUACAGAAAGGAAGACCGUAAGGGUUAAGAUAGUAGAUGAGGAGGAAUACGAAAGGCAGGAGAAUUUCUUCAUUGCCCUUGGUGAGCCGAAAUGGAUGGAACGAGGAAUAUCAGAAGUGGCUGAGAGGAAGCUGACAGUUGAAGAAGAAGAAGCCAAGAGGAUUGCAGAGAUGGGCAAACCAAUACUUGGCGAACACCCCAAACUAGAAGUCAUCAUUGAGGAGUCAUAUGAGUUCAAGAGCACUGUGGACAAGCUCAUUAAGAAGACAAACCUAGCUUUGGUUGUAGGGACACAUUCCUGGAGGGACCAGUUUUUGGAGGCCAUCACCGUCAGCGCAGCAGGUGAUGAAGAUGAGGAUGAGUCUGGUGAAGAGCGCCUGCCAUCCUGCUUUGACUACGUGAUGCACUUCCUGACUGUCUUCUGGAAGGUGCUGUUUGCCUGCGUGCCCCCCACCGAGUACUGCAAUGGCUGGGCCUGCUUCGUUGUCUCCAUCCUCAUCAUUGGCAUGCUCACAGCUGUCAUCGGUGACCUCGCCUCCCACUUCGGCUGCACCAUCGGCCUCAAGGACUCGGUGACCGCCGUUGUGUUUGUAGCCUUCGGCACCUCCGUACCAGACACAUUUGCCAGCAAAGCUGCAGCCAUCCAGGACGUGUACGCCGAUGCCUCAAUCAGCAACGUCACAGGCAGCAACGCCGUCAAUGUCUUCCUGGGCAUUGGGCUGGCAUGGUCGGUGGCGGCAAUCUACUGGGCGUCACAGGGGCAGGAGUUCCAGGUGUCAGCCGGCACCCUGGCCUUCUCUGUCACCCUCUUCACCAUCUUCGCCUUCAUCUGCAUUAGUGUUCUCCUCUACCGCCGGCGGCCCCACCUCGGGGGAGAGCUGGGCGGUCCCCGGGGUUGCAAACUGGCCACGACGUUGCUCUUUGUCAGCCUGUGGCUGCUGUACAUCCUCUUUGCCACCCUGGAGGCCUAUUGCUACAUCAAGGGGUUUUAGGCGGCGGAGAGACAGUGCCGCCGAGGGAGGGACCCCCUCCUCCAUUACCUCACCGGACACCGGCCCUGGAAGCGUGGUUUCACCAGGAUGGACGCUGUCAGCUCGCCGCCCUGACGGGUGCCAGGAUGGGCAGAUCCAUCACAGGACAAAAACGGAAUCCACGAAAACCACCCCAAAAAAUGAUGCAAAAGAAAAGAAAGCAACAAUGGCAAGCGUUUAAAUGGACAAAAUGAAGUGAACCCAGCCACUGACCCCAGUCGAUGUGACUAAGAAGUCUCAGCCAUCUCCCAUGGCCACCUCUCCCACAGGUUCGUUUCCUCUUCUCCGGAGCACCCCUCCACUGUAAGGAGAUGCUUUCUUGUUUUUACUCUUUAGGAAUUGCAGAAGUCUGAUAGGAAAUUUAUUAUUUUUUUUCUUUCGCCUAUUGCUUUUUAGUUUGGGGGGGGGCACAUGGCUUGAUUUUUUUAUUUUUUAUUUUUUUAUUUGUACUACUUAGACAGAAAAAUGUUAUAAGUUUAAAAUCUAAAGCUUCAAGCUGCCGUCAGUGCUGGAAUCGAAGGUGUACUUUUUGAAGCCACAACAGACUCUGACACUGUCAAAGAACUUUUUCACUCUCACAAGUUUCCUCCCCCGCCUCCAUCCAUUUCUUUCUUUUUUUAAGAGCAUCACAGGACUGAUAUAUUUUUAAUACAAACACACACGUACACACACACACACACAGCACACCAGUUCAGUGAUGAAGGCUGAAGCAUGUAGCAUCUCAAUCACCUGCCUGGGCUAAGAAAAAAAAAAAAGGAGGAAAAAAAACCAAAACAACCAACCUUCUAAUAUAAUAUGUAUAAUGUAUAUUUGACUAUGGCAUUUCUCUUUGUGUAACUAACUUUGAGCUUGUGGUACUGCAGGAAGAGAAAAUGAUGUUAACGGGCGAGAGGUAGCGAAAUGAACAGGGGCACAGUGACAGCCUGCUGAGGGGCUGAAGAGUCCGGGAGAUUGCAUAGGCUGCACAAGAUGGUGGCGUGGCACAGCCCUGUCCUGUAGGCCUCACUGGAUGUGGGAGCGAAUCCCAGUAACGCUGCUCUGGUGUACCGAAAUGAGCAGGAAGCCUCUGCGUGCCUCCCACAACUCUCUCAGCGUUGGCCUUCCAGGUUGAGGGUAGGUUUAAACACGCGGGUUGGUGAACAGGAACGGGGUCAUUGUCCCACCCAUCACCCUCCUCACGCUCCAUGGAAAGGACCAGGCUUCAAACUGCUGCCUGCCUGCAGUACUGUGCCAACCCCAGCACAUCCCCGGAGAGCAGACAGGCAGACAGACACACCCUUUUCAUCUGAAGUGCAUUUCUUUUUCAGGAAAAAAAAAAAAAAA